AUGCCUUCCUUCUUGCUGCUGGGCUUCUUCGCGUGCAGCCUGGUGGCCGGGCUGCUGCUGGCCAAGAGCAGCGAGGAGGAGGCGGGGGCGUCGGAGGCGCGGGCGCUGCGGGUGCUGGUGCUGCUGCCGCAGGACGACGCGUACCUGUUCUCGCUGGGGCGGGUGCGGCCGGCCAUCGAGUACGCGGUGCGGGGCGUGGAGGCGAACGGCUCGCUCCUGCCGGCGGGCUACCGGCUGCGCGUGUCGUACGAGGACUCGGAGUGCGGCAACGGGGCGCUGUUCCGCCUGGUGGACAUGGUGGCGGUGCGGCGGCAGUGGCCCGACGUGCUGCUGGGGCCGGUGUGCGAGUACGCGGCGGCGCCGGUGGCGCGGCUGGCGGCGCACUGGGGGCUGCCCAUGCUGUCGGCCGGCACGCUGGCCGCCGCCUUCGACGCCAAGGCGGGCGAGUACUCGCACCUGACGCGCGUGGCGGCGGGCUACUCGCAGCUGGGCCGGGCGCUGGUGGCGCUGGCUCGCCAGCAGCAGUGGGGCCGCGCCAGCCUCGUCUACCAGGAGGACAAGGAGCGGCGCGACUGCUUCUUCGCCGCCGAGGGCGUCCACGCCGCCUUCCGCGACGCCGCCCUCCACACCGACGACUUCGCCUUCGACCCCCGCGCCAAGUACGUCGAGGACGUGGUGCGCGCCGUCCAGGGCGGCGAGAGAGUGGUGAUCAUGUGUGCCAGCAGUGACGCAAUAAGGAACAUCAUGCUGGCUGCCCAUCGGCAAGGAAUGACCAACGGAGACUAUGCUUUCUUCAACAUUGAACUUUUCAACAGUUCGUCAUACGGAAAUGGCUCAUGGAAGAGAGGAGACAAAUACGACCUUGAGGCAAAGCAAGCCUACUCAUCCCUCCAGACAGUCACACUACUGAGGACAGUGAAACCCGAGUUUGAGAAGUUUGCCAUGGAGGUGAAAAGUUCUGCUCAGAAACAAGGAAUCAACGAUGAUGACGAUUACGUUAAUAUGUUUGUGGAAGGAUUCCAUGAUGCUAUUAUACUCUACGUUCUGGCUUUACGAGAAGUUCUGAAGAAUGGGUUCACUAAGAAAGAUGGAGAGAAGAUUGUCCAUCAGACAUGGAACAGAACGUAUGAAGGCAUUGCAGGGCCAGUAUCCAUAGAUGCCAAUGGAGACCGAUAUGGGGAUUUCUCUGUGAUUGCAAUGACUGAUCCAGAAACUGGGACACAGCAGGUUAUUGGGAACUAUUAUGGGAAACAGGGCCGGCUUGAAAUGCUUCCAAAUGCAAAUUACUUCUGGGAACCAAAACUGAGAAUAGAUGAUAACCGAGGUACAGAGCAUCCAAGCAACACACCCUGCAAAUCAUCAGGUGGCCUAGGAGAGUCAGCAGUUACAGGAAUUGUUGUGGGUGCCUUGCUAGGAGCGGGAUUGUUGAUGGCCUUCUACUUUUUCAGAAAAAAGUACAAAAUAACUAUUGAGAGACGAAGUCAAUUGGAAGAAUAUAACAUCGGCAAGCACCAACAGUUACGAGAAGACUCCAUCAGAUCUCACUUUUCAGCGGCAUGAACUAGAGAGAAAGGAACUGUGGGGGAAAUCUGAGGAAAAAUGGAUCCUACCAAAGAGGGUGACAGAAAAGAAGAAGCUCAUUAAGGACUCAGCAUUUUAAAAGUAGAGUAAUUUUGUCUUAAUUUCUUUCAGAAACUCAGGAAUGAU